GAUCGUGGCAUUCCGUCAUUGAAUUCGACAACAACGCUAGUUGUCAAAGUCGAAGAUCAAAGUGACCAACCUCCAGAGUUUGAGAAAUCUUCUUACCGUGCUGAUAUUGAUGAAAACGAUCCUGUGGUAGGUAGCGAUUAAUUAGAAUAUUAUCUCGAUUGAUUAGAAAAUUAUAUCGAUUGAUUUGAAUGUUACCUCGAUUAAUUAGAAUAUUACCUCGAUUGUUUAGAAUAUGAUCUCGUUGAGUUUUACUUUUGCUCGUUUACUGCAAUUAAGUCACAUAUUUGUUGUUAGGAUACCAAAGUUGUUCAAACCAAAGCAUUUGAUGGCGAUCGAGGGAUUGAUAAGCCUGUGGAAUAUGUCAUUGUUGAAGGUAGAGUAUUAUCAUUGCUACGUUCGUUUGUCGGUUGAUCUGUCAGAUUUUAACUUAAACAGUUUGUAUCUUACCUACGAGUUUCUGUUUUUCUUGAAGGUGACGACAACCAUUACUUCAAGAUAGACAACUCCACAGGAACAAUUUAUAUCAACUCAACUAUUGACAGAGACGUGGGCAUUGAUUUUUUUGAAUUGACUGUUGAG